AAAAAAAGAAGAGGAGAAAACACAACACAUUACCCAUCUUUAUAGACCUACUCUUACUUUUGAAAAACAAUCCCAAAUGGCCCCCCAAAUCACCAAACCAAAAAAGCCAAUUACUUUCUCCCUCCUAUCCAAACUCUCCACCACCCUCUUCUUCGUAGUCCUCUUCACCAUCCCCGCCCUCCUCCUCCUCCACGCCCCCACCUCUCCUCCCUGCUCCACCCCGUCCGCCACCGGGGUUGCCACCUGGUCUGGCGACCUCCGGGCUGCCAAAUUCUCAUGGAACCGCCUCUCAUUUGCCGGUGACAGCCCUCCUCUGGCUAGGCUAAAAAUUGCGGUUUUCUCGAGGAAGUGGCCAGUGGGGGCCGUGCCAGGUGGCAUGGAGCGCCACGCACACACGCUCUACACCGCGUUGGCCCGCCGCGGCCACAUGGUUCACGUUUUCACUUCGCCUUUGGAUAGCGUGGGUAAAGAGGUGAAGAGUAUUUUGGAGGGCGGUUCGGGUGACCCGGUAAUUCAUUGUCAUGAAGGUGAACCGGGCAGCAAGUGGAGAUAUAAUAAGGCUUGGGAGCAAUUUGAAGAGGAGAACCGGAAUGAACCGUUUGAUGUGGUUCACUCGGAGAGCGUGGCGUUGCCUCAUUGGUUGGCUCGUGGACUGCCCAACCUCGCAGUCACAUGGCAUGGUAUAGCCCUAGAAAGCAUAUACUCAUCCAUCUACCAAGAUUUAAUCCGGCCGCUCAGCGAGCCAAUCUCGCCGAUGUUCAACCACAGCCUCCAGGGAGUAAUCCCAAAAGUAAUAAGUGAAAUAAGAUUCUUCAACAACUACCAACACCACAUUGCGAUAAGCGACAGUUGUGGUGAAAUGUUGAGAGACGUGUACCAAAUACCGAACGAAAGGGUUCACGUAAUUGUCAAUGGCAUCAAUGACAAGGACUUCGGGGUAGAUUCGAGAUUGGGAAACGAGUUCCGGACUCGAAUUGGGAUCCCAAGUAAUGCUAGUUUGGUGCUUGGGGUGGCUGGAAGAUUAGUGAAAGAUAAAGGGCAUCCGUUGUUGUUUGAGGCGUUUUCGAUGGUCCAAGAGAAGCACUCGGAUGUGUACUUGGUUGUCGCCGGGUCCGGACCUUGGGAAGAGAGGUACAGAAAGUUGGGGCCUCAAGUAAUAGUUCUAGGGUCCAUGAAGCCCCCCGAAUUGCGAGCUUUCUACAAUGGAAUCGACAUCUUCCUCAACCCAACGUUGAGGCCUCAAGGGCUUGACCUCACUCUCAUGGAGGCAAUGAUGAGUGGGAAACCCCUAAUGGCAUCACGAUUUCCCACGAUCAAAGGUACCAUUAUGGUCGACGAUGAGUUUGGUUUCAUGUUUGCACCGAACGUUGAAUCAUUGGUGGCGACAUUAGAGGUGGCAAUUGCGGAAGGAUCAAAGAGGAUGAGCCGUAGAGGGAAGGCGUCAGAGGCGUUCGCAACAUCCAUGUUUACUGCUAGAAAAAUGGCUUUAGCUUAUGAGAGGUUGUUUGUUUGUAUUAAAAAUGAGACGUAUUGUAUCUACCGUUAGGCAUUAUAUGGAGGUUUAAUUUUCAUCCGAGGGGGUUUUUGGCUUUUAGUUUUUCUAAUUUUUGUUGGAAUGCAUAUUUGGUACUACUCUACUCUUUAUAUCUGCCUUUAUCAUUCAAUGAAAAGUUAAAAAUUCUUUACUA